UAUAAUUGUUAAGGGUGUAUAUGUAAAUAGGUUUUGAUACGUUUACACUAUUAUCUAUGUCUAGUCUUAAGUUCUUUUUUAAUUCCAUAUUUAAAUUCUAAUGUUAUUUUGACUGUUUAUAUUUUUUGUACGUCAGUUCGCAAAAUAAAUCCAUCGAAACUAGUCGACUGCCUGGUUUAUUGAUUAUUUUCCACUUUAGCUAUCGAAAUUCCCUCUUCUUUAUUUUGGUCCUUCUUCCUCACUCAUGAUCUUGCGAUCUAAAACCAAGCAGUCGGCUAAAAGCGCUAAAAUGACGCGCUCGGAAACGGGUACCCCUGCCACGGGUAGGCUCGGCCAGUCCAAAAAGUUGGACCACGGUGCGGCCGACGCCACCGUACCACCCGCGGCUUCCGACCCGCAAAUCCCCGGGACGUCUCGCGAGUGCCUCCCAACCGGCACCAGCGCCGAACAAGUUAAUGUUCCCCUCAGUUGCAGGUCUCGCGCUUCGAGCUCUACGCGAUCAUCGGCCACGAUUAGGGCACGACGAUUGACCGCGGAGGCCCACUUGGCCCGCAAAAGCAUAGAAAGGGAACAGGAGCUCUUUCAACGCGAGCUCGACAACCAACGGAAACUCCUUGAGCAGUUUAAACAGGUAGAACAGCUUGAACUUGAAGCGAAAAUAGCCGCCUUAGAAGCCGAGGAGCGAUCCAAUCACACGAAAAUACGGCGCGUCUAUAUAACGCACUCCGCGGGCCCGCCCGGGAGGCCGUCGCCUCUUUACUCAACACCGCGGCAGCUUCGAACACUCGAACGUACAUUUGCUUGUCCCGAAAUGAUUGUCUUCGGCGAAGUACAGAUUUUAAAAACGCUGCCUCGGCUAAGGCCUGACCUAAAGGAGAUAGGGCCAAAUGGCAGCUAUGAAACCUUCGCGUUUCUCGAUGAUGGCAGCACUGCGACUAUGAUCGAUUGUAAAGUGGCUGCUCGCUUAGGUUUAAUAGGACCUGAAGAGUUCAUAACUGUCAAUGGUAUCAUGGGUUUACAAAAAACUACAAAAGUAAGAUACGUUGACUUUUACAUAAGAGGUAAAUAUGAAUCUGAUAUCCAUUUGGUAAAUCAUGCUAAGGCUGUACAAUCGUUAGGCUUGAACGAACAAACUCUAUCUAGAGAGACUAUUGAAUCUUAUGCUCAAUUAAAAGACCUAGCCGAAUACUUGACAUAUGCUGACGCUACACCAACCGUACUUAUUGGUGCUGAGCAUUGGCAUCUGUCAAUAUGUCGCGAGGUUUGUGAAGGCAGACGUAACGAGCCCGCCGCUUGUCGCACUUUGCUUGGGUGGACUUUGUAUGGACCAACGAGUAGCAAAACCAAGCCAGUCGAGUUCGUCAACCAUUGUCAGUUAGACCGCACUGAACCUUCUGAAAAUGAACGCCUGGAGUCACUGAUAAAGGAGCAAUACAAACUCGACUCGCUCGGUAUCUCUAAGCGCGAGACUCUAUUUAGCAAGCUAGACUCCCGUGCCGUCGAGAUUCUUGAUGCUACCACCACACGCUUACCGACCGGUAGAUAUGAAGUAGGUCUUCCGUGGCGUGACAACAUACAGUGUGUUCCCGAUAGCUGCCCGCAAGCUUUAUCAAGAUUUCUAAGCCUCGAAAGGAGAAUGAUUCGUGAGCCCGCCUUCGCUGACGCGUAUAAAAAGUUUAUUGAUAACAUGAUUGCUAAAAAUUAUGCUGAGGAGUGCGAUUCCGGCACUUAUUAUAAUCAUCUUAUCACUAAAAGCGUCAACACCAGCAUUGAUCUCAAACACGAUACCAAUUUAGGCGAUUAUUCAAAUAAAAUUCACACCUUAUCUGAUAACUUACAACCUAGUACAGUCAGUCCGAAUAAAACAGAAACAAAUUUUGACAUUGAGCUGUCAAGUGUGAAUAACAAUAAAAAUAAAUUAAAAACCGAAUCUGAACCUAAUAAAAGUGACAUUAACGCAAGAAUAAGGUGGUAUUUGCCUCAUUUUGGCGUGUACCAUCCACAAAAACGUAAACUUCGUGUUGUCCACGACGCAGCCGCGACUAAUCAGGGUGUUUCAUUAAACUCGUUGCUGCUUCAAGGACCUGAUCUUUUAGAAAAUUUAUUAGGUAUUUUAUUUCGGUUCAGAGAGGGCGCUGUUGCUAUAACAGCUGAUAUUAAGGAAAUGUUUCCUCAAAUAAAAAUCCGUGAACAAGAUCGUGACGCACUACGUUUUUUAUGGCGCGACGUUCAGUCAAGGGAAACAAUGCCUCUAAAAGAAUAUCGGAUGACAGCUGUCAUUUUUGGAGCAUCGUCCAGCCCUUUCACUGCGUUGUACAUUAAACAUAAAAACGCUAUGUCACACCAAGAUUCGUAUCCAGCGGCAGCCAACGCAAGUAUCCAUAGUUCCUAUAUGGACGAUUUCUUGGAUAGUCUGGACGAUGUUGACGAAGCUGCACAGAUGGCAUCCGAUGUUGUGACUAUUCAUCGUAACGCAUGUUUCGAAAUGUGUGGCUGGAAUUCUAACGAUCAGGGAGCAUUGCGUCUUAUACCGACUGAACUGCGCGCCGUCCAGCCUAGUGAGAUGUCACUUGGCAGUGAAUCAAGUAGCGUCAGAGCCUUAGGUGUUUCAUGGGAUCCUAUUUCGGACACUGUCGGAUUUAGGACUGGUUUAGAAGGUCUCAUACUACAGGGCAGUUUUAAUAAACGCAAAGUGUUGCCCCACCUCAUGAAAGUAUACGACCCACUAGGUUUGUUGGGCCCAAUAGUGGUCAAAGGGCGUAUACUGCUUCAGGAGGCGUGGAGAUCCAAUAUUGACUGGGACACACCAUUUCCACCAUCACAGAUUUUAAAGUGGAACGAGUGGUUUAAGGAACUGUCUGACGUAUCUACAAUUAGGAUUCCACGAUGGUACGCCAAGCUCAAUGGAGAACCUCUACACAGGGAGCUACACAUUUUCGCGGACGCAAGCGAGUUGGCCUUUGCCACCGUCGCUUAUUGGCGCUCAUUGUAUGCAGAUGGUACAGUCAAGCUCGCACUCAUCACCAGUAAGACGAGAGUCUCACCUUUGAAGCCCAUUUCAAUUCCUCGUCUAGAAUUGCAGGGCGCUUUGAUAGCUUCUCGCCUUGCUGUCACUAUUAAAGAGUUUCAUAAGAAAAAACCUUUACGAACUUUCCUGUGGACAGAUUCAAGAACUGUCCUCGGUUGGCUCAGAAGUGACGCACGAACGUACAAACCCUUUGUGGCCCAUCGCGUAGGAGAAAUUACAGAAAAUACGCGCGUGCAAGAUUGGAAAUGGGUCCCAACUGAUUUGAACGUUGCGGACGAUGCCACUAGGAUUAAGCCGCUUCAUCUUAAUCCUAACCACCGAUGGUUUACAGGUACCUCGUUCCUUCUCGAUCCACCGGAGAAUUGGCCUGUUGAACCAGCUGGUCAGCCUAUAGUCCAGGAAGAGCGGAAGCAGACUUCUGGACUUGUGGUUGGUCAUCUGACAAUUACCGCGGAUUUCAGUCGUUUUAGUGACUGGCUACGAUUACUUCGUGCUACUGCUCGCGUUUUGCAAGCUGCGUCUAAAUUUCGCUCGGCUUUAGAUCGCGUAGGUCGCAUUGCUCCUAGCACCGAUGUUAGGCUUCGUCAACGUACGAAUAGACCUACGUCCACCACUCUAAUCCCCCUGACAGCGGAACUUAUGGAAGCCGCAGAAAGGCACGUCCUGAAGAAAGUACAGUCUGAAUCAUUUAGUGACGAAAUCCCAAUAAUAGAACGUGGAGAAUUGAUACCAAAGAGUAGUCGCCUGGCGAAGCUUUCUCCCAGAAUGGGGCCAGACAACUUGUUGCACCUAGCUGGCAGAAUCGUUGCCGUACAAGACGUCGGUUCCGAGAUCAAGUUUCCAAUCAUUCUAGAUGGACGACACCCAGUAGUGCGCUUAUUGGUCAAUUUCUACCAUCGCAAGGCUGGACAUGCAAACAAUGAAAUGGUGGUCAAUGAGGUUCGACAAAAAUAUUGGCUUCUUCAUCUGCGCAGUACUGUUCGAAGCGUCACCAGCAAAUGUUUGUUUUGUCGCAUCAAAAGAGCAAAGCCAAUGAAUCCGAUGACCGGUAACCUUCCUCCUCAGCGGCUUGCCCACCACCGCCGCCCAUUCACGUACACUGGCUUGGAUUAUUUCGGCCCGAUAAAUACCAAGAUCGGCCGAAGACAAGAGAAACGUUAUGUGGCCCUGUACACCUGCAUGACAUCCAGAGCCGUUCACCUGGAGCUUGUACAUUCCCUUUCUGCUGACUCCGCAAUAAUGAGCCUGCGACGGUUUAUUGCUAGAAGAGGCGCUCCCAAUACUGUAUAUUCUGACAACGGUACAUGUUUUGUUGGUGCAGACCGAAUUCUACGCGAAUUUUAUCAGAACGAGGUCUACGAUUUUGCUGCCAAUAGAGGAAUAAAGUGGAGCUUUAUCCCUGCCGCUGCUCCUUUUUUCGGCGGAUGCUGGGAGAGACUUAUUCGCACCGUCAAAGUCGCGCUGAAUGCCACAUUACGAGAAAGAGAACCUAAUCCCGAAGUCCUAGUAACUCUCCUUCUAGAAGCUGAGGCAAUUGUAAAUUCUCGACCUCUGACCCAUGUCCCUAUUGGCCCUGAAGACCAGGAAACCCUAACGCCCUUCCACUUUCUAAUUGGCUCAUCUUCUAACCAGGUUCUGCCUGCAACCCUUGACGACCGAGACCUUUUAAGACGUGCUGACUGGAGGAAGGCGUUGAGAUUGGCCGACCACUUUUGGAACCGAUGGGUAAAAGAAAUUCUGCCAACCAUGCAACCUCGCCAGAUAGCGGAGAACAGAGAGCACGACUUGACUCUUGGCGACUUAGUCAUCAUUGUAGACCAGAACCUACCCCGAGGAACCUGGCCACGCGGCCGCGUCGUUGCUACAUUCCCUGGCAGAGACGGAGUGGUCAGGGUGGUGGACGUAGCCACAUCAGGUGGAAUUCUUCGUCGACCUUCUAAAAAAUUGGUCAGAUUAGAGGCAUAA